AUGUCUCAGACAAUAAUAAGCUCUCAGCCUCACUCAACUUCAGGAUAUGCAACCAGCAGCCAAUGGACUUCUGAUGAAUUUGACUGCUGCGAGGACAUGGGCAUCUGUCUUUGUGGAACAUUUGUCCCCUGUUUCUUGGCUUGUAAAGUAGCCUCAGAUUAUGGCGAGUGCUGCUGUCUACCUUGCAUUGGAGGUACCGUGAUGGCCAUGCGUACCGGCAUAAGAGAACGUUAUCACAUUCCGGGUAGUAUCUGCAAUGACUGCGUAUGUCUCACAUUCUGUGGCCCAUGCGCUCUCUGCCAGAUGGCACGUGAGCUGAAAACCAGGAACUAAAGGAAUCAAAACAUUUGCUUAAAGUGCAGACACAGUAUAUAACUGAGUGCCGUAUGGAAAAUACUGAAAAAAGCAAAGAAUGAAACAAACAUAACAUAAAUAUCCU